AUGAGUACGCCAAAAGAAAAAGAUCGUGAUAACGAUGAUGACAGAGGAGGCAAAAGGCAAAAGGUAGCCAUCGAUGAAGAUGAAUGGGCUCGAUUUCAAGCAGAAGUACUUGACUCAGUAGCACUCUUGCCGCAAAAGACUUUUACGCAAAAUGCAUCAACAACAAUCGAAGCUGAACCUGUUCUAAAUAACAACAAAGAAGACGUUUCACAACCUGAGCCAAAAAGCAAAGAUGACCUAGAGGGACCACGACAAAAAGCAGAACGAGAAGCAAAAGAAGAAAUCCUCUCUCGACUAGACGAAGAAGAACGCGCACAAGAAGAAGCAGAUCAAAGGGUUCAAGCACUAAAGGACCGCUUACAACGGAUACGAGAGAAGCGAAAAGCAGGAAAAACAACAAAGCAAGCUACUUAA